AUGAUUGUAGCCACAAAACGUUUGAAGGCAGAAAAUUUUGAGGGCUUUGACUUUACCAAGGCUUUGAACCAAAAGUUUUCUCUUAGUUACAUAAGAUAUGAUAAUGACGAACUUUUUUUGCAGUUGAUGCUUAUUGGAAGGGUUGUGAGUGAUGGUAGACUGAAAGCUAAUAUAAUUGAUAAGUUGGUCUUGAAGGUGAAUGCUCAGCUGACAAAUGAGCAACAUAUGCCACAUGCAAUGUUUAACUUUGAUUACAUGGGACAAGAAUACAGAGCCCAGCUUCAACUUGGGAACAUUGCUCUAAUUGGAGUAACCUAUAUCCAUGUAAAGUAG